UGUGCAACACAUAAUAACAAAUCUUUCGCGUGCUUUAUUAUAUAUUAGAAAUAAUUGAAAAUGUUAAAAAGUAUAGUUAACUGGAGAGCAUGCAGACUGCUGUUGAAUGGGAAUGCUGGUAUUAGAACUGGAGCGUCAGCGCGAGGACUUGCUAACCCUUUUAAAACAGACAUAAACGCCGGCGCAAGUACUCCAAUGGAUGAACCAGAGCCGGCCUCCCAUUCAAUUGGGAAUCCUUUUGCUCAAGCUACGCCCACAGGUCUUUCGGAUAGUGCAAUAUCCGAGACAAAGGAGGAACGUGAAAAGAGGCUAAAAGUUUUGCAGCUAGAGGCCGACAUAGCACAUCAAGAAGGACGCCGAGUGCCAAGAUUGGAGUUUUUUCAAGAUGAGCAUUGGGAGCACGUACUGGCAUUACCCACAAAGUCCGCACGCAUUAAAUACUAUGCGUAUUUGUGGCAAAUUGAUAUGAAAAAGCAGUCGGAGAAGCGUAAAAAGGCACUACGUACUGAGGAUAUCGAACGACGUGUGGCUGAGACGCGGAAGGAGCGUGAGGAGAAUACACACAUUAUCUAUGGACUGGGACAUACAUCGCUGCUGCUGCGUAUCUAUGACUCAACCAUAAACCAUUGGCAAAAUAAUCGUCUGACGCGUGCCAUGCAAUUUGCGCCCAAAAUGGUGCUGGACUGCUCCUACGAUACGCACAUGAAUAAUCGAGAAGCCUCCUAUGCGGCCAAGCAACUAAUGCUUUGCUUUGCCGAGAAUCGCGCCAAUGACGAGCCCUUUGAUCUGCACUACUGCAACGUCAAUAUGAAAGGCAAAUGUAUGCAAGGACUGCAACGUUAUAUACCCACGAUGCUAAAUCCAGAGUUUCCUAUGAAUGUGCAUAGUCAGUGCUUUACGGAACUGUUUCCCAAGAAGCAGUUAGUCUAUCUAACGCCACAUUGCCGCGAGGAGCUAGUCAACUACAAUGCCGAUGAUGUUUACAUAGUAGGCGCAAUGGUGGACACCAUGAACAAUGAACCGCUAUCGCUGGCCAAAGCGAAGCGCCUGGGUCUGCGCAUGGCGCGUUUGCCACUAGAUCGCUAUCUGCAAUGGAACUCCGGCUCCGGCAAGUCACUUACACUCAAUCAAAUGAUUAACAUAAUGUUGGAUUUAAAGAAAACUAAUGACUGGGAGACGGCGCUGCAGCAUGUGCCGCGACGUAAGGUGGUGGAUCUAUCUGGCGAUGAAGACUACUCGCGGAAUGCCUUUAACAAGCGCGCCAACAAACUCAAUGUGCGCAUCGAUCAUUUGCUUAAGUUUGAGGCAGACAGGCGGCAAGUCAAAGCCUUUGCCACGCCCCAAAAGGUACGCGAACACAAGCAGGGCAUGGACUUUAAGCUGGACAGCUGGGCGACGGGUAAAAAGAAGACAACGCAAAGCAAUUAAAUGCUUGGUAACCUUUAUUACGUUAAUAAGAUUGCAAUAAAGUUAAGUAU